AUGCGAGCGUAUCAGGGCCACGAUGCUGACUCCGACGUCGAGUCUGACGACGCGGGGGGAUUCAGCGAUGUCGAGGAGCACUGGGAAGAGGAGGAGAUUGGGUUGGAAGAUGAGGCGGCUCUGGCGAGGUUCAUGAAUCCCGAGGCCGCCUCUCAGCAGCAGCGCACGCUCUCAGACAUAAUCAUGGAGCGGAUCAGGGAGAAGCAGGAAGCUGGUGGCAUGCCUGCUAUACCAGAGGAUGAAGAGGGUCCAGGCAUGGUCCCUGGAGGCAUAAAGCCGGAGCUUGUGGAGCUGUACAAGGAAGUGGGCAAGAUCCUGAGGCGGUUCACCACCGGAAAAGUGCCCAAGGCAUUUAAGAUCAUCCCGAAGCUGGAGAACUGGGAAGAUGUGCUGUUCCUGACAGAUCCCGAGGGCUGGAGCCCGCAUGCGACCUACCAGGCGACGCGCAUGUUUGUUUCGAAUUUGAAUGCGAAGAUGGCGCAGCGCUUCAUGGCCCUGGAACUUUGCCGUUAA